AUGAGUAAACGAAAAAAUAAACAGACUACUGUGAUGGCUGACAGUGGCAAGAAAAAGUUCAAAUACAAAUCACAUCAAUUAAUAAGAGCAAUCAAUAUGGACAGAAAACCAGAAACUCAUUUCGAAGAUCUUUCAACUGAACUUAUUUAUAAAAUUCUUGAAUAUCUUGAUGCUUAUGAUAUUUAUCAAAGUUUUUUUAAUCUUAAUAUGCGUUUUCAAAAUUAUCUGAUUGGUUCAACUUUUCUACUCAAAAUCAAUAUUUCAACUUUAUCUAAAUCACAAUUUCACGAUUAUUAUAAACAUUUUAUAGCACCAAAUAAACACAGAAUUCGAUUACUUAAUUUAUCAAAUAUAUUCGUUAUUGAUUUCUUUGUCUUUGAAACAGAAGAUAUUUCAACAUACUCUCAAUUGCAAACAUUGAUUCUUCGUAACAUUAAACCAAAAUCUACACAACAUCUUUUCACUCGUUUACUUUCUUUGCCAAAUCUUUCUUCAUUAACUAUCCAUUUUGAUUAUGAUUUAGACGAAACAAAUGUCUUUGAUUUAAUUUUUCAGUUACCAGUAUUAAAAUAUUGCAAAAUAUCAUUCUCUGAAAAUGCUCGUUAUUCAAUAAAACCAAUAUCAACUAAUACAUCAAGUUCUAUUGAACAUCUCAUCAUUAUUUGCAAAAAUUUUCUUUUUGACCUAUAUGAUAUUCUAUCAUAUGUUCCUCAACUUCGUCGCUUAUCAAUAGGCUGCAUACAUCUACCGCUUCCUAGAAGAAUAACAGACUGCUCGUUUGCUUUAAAUAAUUUGACUUCUGUCUCUCUUACAUUAGAGCAAGUAGAAUUUGACGAUCUCGAACAAUUUAUUCAAAGCUAUUUUCGUAAAGUUCAAACAUUGUGUAUUUCAACAACAGAACUAUCUCGUCUUUCAGACACGAAACGUUGGGAAAAGUUGUUUCUAUUAGAUAUGGCAUAUUUACGAACAUUUAAAUUACAAAUUUUCUGGUAUCAGUAUACUGCCCAUAUUGGUCCUGACGAUGGUUUUAUACUUGACGAACUAAAUUCCUCAUUUUGGUCUCAACAACAAUGGUUCUUUACACAGGAAUAUGAAUUCUCAUUUUAUAAGCGUUAUUAUGGAGUGGUCCAUUCGACAUUCACUGACAAAUCAAGUUUAGAUAAAGAUGUAAAUGACGAAAAAACAAUUUUUGAUUCAGUUUAUCAUGUUAUUAUCGAAGAUGCAACAGCAACAACUGAUGGUUCAAAAUAUUCUCCAAACGCUAACCAAUUAACUCUCUCUAAGUACUGUUGUCCUCGUUCGAAAUGUUUUGCGAGUGAUAAUCUUCAAUAUAUUAUUCCUUGGAAACAAAUUACGAAACUAAAUAUUGACAGCAAUUUUUUUGGUUUUGACGAUUUAGUUAAUAUGUUACUUGUGAUGCCUAAUAUUGAUACAUUAACCUAUGGAUCCUGGACACGAUUGAGGGAUGAGGGUGUGUCAUUGGAACGAAGUGAACGUUUUCAAUUGGUAUCAAAACAAAAUAAAAUAAAAAGUGUUACUUUUGAAUGUGGAUAUACAUUGAAGACGAUUAAAAUGCUGAUGAAUCUGUGUCCGCAACUAGAAUAUCUUGCAAUCGGUACAUCUCGACAGUCUUUUGAACCAACAAUUGCAUUUCUAAUAUCGAAAAUUAAGGAGUCAAAUUGUCAUUUAUCUUCGUUAUGUAUCAUUGGAAUCAACAACAUGUGGUUUGAAAAGUUAAAAGUUAUGAUUGAUUCAGAAAAGAAAACCGAUGAGUAUUCGAUAAAACUUGUUGAUUCGAACUGUUAUUUAUGGCUGUAA